UUGUCCCCUGCGUCAUCUGUUCUCUCUUAACCGUUCUAACGGUCACUUUUGUUCCGAGACUAUGAGAGUGGCCGCCUCCACACAUCCUCUGAAGUCCGCCCUUCUGAGCCUCCUCGAUGAACCCAUAGCCAUCAAAUCCUUCAACCAAAUCCACGCUCUCCUUCUCACCUCCGGCUUCUACAAAGACUCCCUGGUCCUCGCCAAGUUCGCCGAUCUCUUGGCUCUCUCCACCCACCCCUCCUCCGCCUACAAAGUUCUCCGUCAAAUCCACCACCACCCAAUUCCAUUUGUCUUCAACUCGCUGAUCUCUGGCUACGCCCGAAUCAAGGCUCCCCGAUCAGCUUUUUUAUUAUUUAAACAUUUGGUUGGCAAUGGAGCUCCUCUCGACAAGCACACCAUCCCUGCAGUCUUGAAAUCUUGCACCAAAUUCUCAGGCACCGGAGAAGCCAGGCAGCUUCAUGGUGUUGCAAUCAAGAUGGGAUUUCUAUGUGAUCUCUAUGUGCAGAACACUCUGGUUCAUGUGUAUGGUACGUGCGGUGGGCAUGUCGAUGCAGGCGAUUUGUUUGAAGAAAUGCCUGUUAGAGAUGUGGUCUCCUGGACUGCAUUGAUUUCUGCCUACGUUAAAGGUGGGUUCUUUAUCAGGGCAUUGGAGUUGUUUGCUUUGAUGGAUGUGGAACCGAACAUGGCGACUCUAGUGUGUGUCCUUGUUGCUUGUGGGAGACUGGGGAAUGUAAACACAGGUAAAGGAAUUCAUGGGUUGAUCUUGAAGCAUGAAGGGGAAUUUGGAGUGGUUGUGGGGAAUGCUCUUUUGGAUAUGUAUGUGAAGUGCGAGUGUUUGGAUGAGGCAAGGCGGAUCUUUGAGGAGCUCCCAGAGAGAGACAUAGUUUCUUGGACAAGUAUCAUAAGUGGGCUGGUGCAGUGCAAGCAACCCAAGGAUGCUAUAGAAAUGUUUCAUGAGAUGCGUGCCUCGGGGUUGGAGCCAGACAAGGUAACUUUGUCUAGUGUUCUUUCAGCUUGUGCGAGCUUGGGAUUACUAGAUUCAGGGAAAUGGGUCCAUGAGUACAUUGAGCGUAGGGGAAUUGAGUGGGAUGUUCAUAUAGGGACCGCCAUGGUUGACAUGUAUGCCAAAUGUGGGUUCCUAGAGAUGGCCAUGCACACCUUCGAGAAGAUGCCUCACAGGAAUGUCUCCUCAUGGAAUGCAUUGCUUGGCGGCCUGGCAAUAAAUGGUUGUGGUAAAGAAGCUCUCCAGCACUUUGAUCGGAUGGUUAGAAAUGGGGUUAAUCCCAAUGAGGUGACCUUCAUAGCUAUCCUUAGUGCCUGUUCUCACUCUGGCUUAGUGGAAGAAGGCCGUCACCAUUUCAAAUCCAUGACUGAAAUCUACAAUCUCGCACCAAGGGUAGAGCAUUACGGAUGCAUGAUUAAUCUUCUCUGCAGAGCUGGGCUCAUUGCAGAAGCCCAUGAACUCGUUAGAUCCAUGUCAAUGAAAGCUGAUGUGCUUAUAUGGGGAGCAAUGCUAAGUGCUUGCAAAGCCCAUGGGAAUGUGGAACUUUCCCAACAGAUCCUAGGCCAUCUUCUUGAGCUGGAUCCUUCUGACAGUGGGGUGUAUGUGCUUCUCUCCAACAUAUAUGCCACAAGCGAUAGGUGGGGAGAUGUGACACGUGUAAGGAAGUUGAUGAGGGAGAAAGGUAUGAAAAAGGAACCAGGGGCUAGUGUCAUAGAUGUAAAUGGUAAAGCUCAUGAAUUUGUGGUUGGAGAGAGUAAUCACCCCAAAAGCGAUGAGAUUUGUCUGGUAUUAUACAGCCUAGCAAAACAAGCACAACUUGAUGGUCUCUUAUCCUGUGGGCUUAUUAUUCAGUAACCAUGAUAAGGUGGUGAGGACUCUCGAAGAUAUAUGACAAAUUUAUUUGUCAGCUAAAUUUUUCAGUGGCAGAAUAGCAACAGAAUAAGGAGGUAACUGUUUGGCAGGUAGAUAAGUUUAUGAACUACUCAGAUCUGCUUCUAAUGUAGAUUUGGCCAAAAUAAGCAGUAAAAGAUUGAUGAUUAGUUCCAAUACUCACCUGUCCUAACCAAAAGUCUGUUGUGGCUAGCUGUUCAUAGGCCUCAUCCCUAUAAAAACUAUUAAUAUCUUGUUUUCGGAAUGCUAGCCAGCUAGUUCAAAAUAUGUUGAGUAUGGGUAUUUAUCCACAUGGAAAUAUUUGAGAUGAGAAUUAACUCUGGGAGCUGCCUACUUUUGCCAGAUAUGCCUCCCAAGGUCAUUCUAGUCAUCAUCACAAUGAUUAAAGGUGUUGUAAACAUAUUUUAUGGCAAAUCCUUUCCUGAAAAGUGCGAGGUGUGACUUCAUUCUUCUACACUUGGUUAAUUGGUUGGAACUUUAUCAUAUGACACCAAAGUCAUCUGUCAAAGGAGUUUCUUAAAUACAGUCCUCUGUACCUAGAGUUUGUGGUCAUCAUUUUGGGGCACAUCUAUUCGAAGCCCUUUUUCCUUAGGAAUGUUCCAACCUCCUUAUGGUGCUGAAGUUUGAACUUCUCAACUUAUAUCCAAGUCCAUCCUUUUAGCUGGUGAGCUUACUUCUUUGGUUCAAUCGAUUAGAUUUUUAACUCAUGUGGCGCCCUUUAAGCCCAAGUACCCGAUAAGCAUACAACUUAUGCUUUUUAUUUAAUAUCUGAAAGUUCUAAGAAAGAUGUGGUUGUAAAAUUAUAUUACCUAAAAUGAAUGAUAAAAAGGUGUUUUUUAUAAAUUCUUUGAUGCUGGC